UACACUCACUUACAAAAUCAAUUGAGUAACUAGGGAUAUAUGGGUAUUUUCAAGGAUAACGGCGUCGUUUACAAGGCUGCCGACGACAUCGAUCUCGGCCCCGACAGUGAUGAGUUUUAUCUCCGAGCAAAUGUCAAAGCUCCUCGCAUGGCUGGUCUCUUGGUGAAAGUGUUUGCUUGGUUGUUGGAGUCUCCAAUUUUGGGAGGCAUGUUACUCUACUUUCUCAAGAAGAACAAUCUAAUUCACAAGCUGGUCUCGUUUGCAGAGUUACAAGAAGAGCCACUUUUUGUUCCUUUGCAUCCCCAUCAAGGAGAUGAGGAAAAGGAAACAAUAUACAUAGACCCCAAUGCAACACCUCAAGAAAAAGUUGAAGAAGCUGCAAAGUGUCUUGGAUCAUUCGAAGACGAACAAGAGUCUAGGAUUCCACAACCUAGUUUCCAUCGUUGGACGGUUCUUGACUAUGCCACGGCAUACAAAUCUGGGGAGACAACUCCUACAAAGGUUGCAGAGAGAUUCAUAGCUUGUGCAAAGGAAUCAUCGGAUAUGUCCUUCUUCAUCAACUACUGCAUCGACGACAUUCUUAGUCAGGCUGCAGAAUCAACUCUUCGCCAUCAACGAGGAGAGGCGAUAUCCGUGUUAGAUGGAGUUCCAGUAGCUGUUAAAGACGAGAUCGAUUGUAUGCCAUAUCCAACUACAGGAGGUACAAAGUGGAUGCAGAAAGCGAGGGAAUGUAGAAACGAUGCGUACUGUGUAAAGUGUCUCCGAUCAUGUGGUGCCAUAAUACUUGGCAAAACAAAUAUGCAUGAGCUUGGAGCUGGAAUUAGUGGCAUCAAUCCUCAUUAUGGGGCUGCUAGAAACCCUUAUAACAGAAGCAAGAUUACUGGAGGAUCUUCGAGUGGAUCGGCUGCAGUGGUAGCAGCCGGAUUAUGCCCUCUCGCACUUGGUGUUGAUGGAGGAGGAUCUGUAAGGCUUCCUGCAGCUCUUUGUGGCGUGGUUGGCUUCAAACCGACUUUUUCUCGUGUGCCUCAUCAAGGAGUUCUUCCCAUAAACUACACAAUAGGGAUGGUUGGGAUUCUUGCAGCAACAGUUGAAGAUGCGCUCGUCGCUUAUGCAGCCAUUGCUGGAGCAGAUGAGUCCGCUACUACUGCAGUGCCCAGAGUAGGCCUGCCCUUGCUCAAGUCUGCAAACUAUAUGUCUGAUCACAUCAAGAUUGCAAGAUAUGGAGAGUGGUUCGAUGACUGCACCGAUGAUAUCAAAGAAUGUUGCUCCAACGCGGUUGCUAAAUUAUCCGACAAGUAUGGAUGGAAGACUCUAGAGGUGACGAUACCAGAGAUAGAGGUGAUGCGGUUAUCACAUUACACAACAAUUGCAUCAGAAUGUAGUAACUCAAUCAAGAGCUACCUUCAAAAUGUGAACAAGGAAGAGAUCGGGUGGGAUGUGCGUGUAGGCCUUGCUGUAUACGACUCCUUCGACAGCAAUGAGUAUCUGAAUGCACAGAAAAUGCGGAGACGUCAGCUGCAAUUCCACGAGAAAAUAUUUUCUGUAGCAGAUGUCAUUGUUACUCCAACCGUUGGUGUGACUGCUUACACAAUAAAGGAUGACGCCUUGAAAACCGGUGAACUAGACUACAUAAAUGGAGCUGCAUUAGUACGAUAUCAGAUAGCUGGAAACUUUUUGGGACUACCUGCUGUCACUGUUCCUGUUGGUUAUGAUAGAAGUGGGUUGCCAAUAGGGCUGCAGUUUAUAGGGAAGCCAUGGUCAGAGUCUUUGUUGAUUUACAUUGCAUCUGCUAUGCAAGCACUAUGUAUAUCAGGAUGCAAGAAGCCAGAGGUGUUUUAUGACAUGCUGGCUAAGGAGUAAACUUUGUCAAGUUUGUGUAACAAACAAUAAUGUAGUAACUGUUCUGCGUACUAAACAUGAUGCAAUAAUACCAUCUCAGCAUUGCGAACCA